AUGACUACCACUUCGUAUACUUCGCAGAGUGAAAAUCCUAAUCUGCAGUCAAUGUACGACCGAGUUUCGGGUUCUCCCAAACGCGAGUACAUGGACGGCAUAACCCCGAAUUCCACGAGUCACGUCUACGCCGAAAGAGAUAAUACUACUCCCAGCCACCAAAUUACUCAAAUCACCGAUCGCGUCUACAACAAAGUGGAUCCCGAGGCGACAGACAUUAAACAAAUCAACGGAUCCUCAAAAAGUACGCGCUCGAGUAAAACAAGUCAUAGACAUGGAACUUUGGCUUCCGACACGAACUCACCCUGGCCAUCAAGUUUAAACGAGGAUAACAUCAGCAGCGAACAUUAUAAAAUAACACAAGAUGCCGACUUUUUGUGGAGGCGUUCGUGGGGCGUUGUGGACAUUCCUUUUGUGAAUAAGAUAUUGAAAAGGACACCUUCGAUAGUGGUGAAUCGGAACGAUUUUACGCCGUCAUCACCUGCGAAGAAUUUGAAAGAAAAAAUACUCAAAGACGAUUUGAGCGUUGAAGAGAUUGAUACAAUGGUGGUGACCCUUUUGGCGAAAAAACAAAAAAUCGAAUCUGUUGAAAGGGAAGACGAAUUGGAUAUUCUAUUUGACUUUUUGUCUAGAACCAAAAUCAAGAAACAAGAAUUACUUACUCAAACGACGAAAGAAAUCGAAUGUUUAAAGGAAGAUUUGGUUUCAAUUCAGCAAGAGAUGGAUUAUCGAUCACAACUCAAUAAGGGCAAAAAGCAUGAGGAAGGAGAAAAGGUGGCGGAAUCUGAUAUCAGUCACACUGAAGCACGCUCGGCUAAUGAUGAACGGGAGAUCAUUGAGGAUGAACGAAAAGAGCUAGAUCAAACAAGAAAGAGAAAACAUACAACCUUCACGAGAUAUUCUAGUUUUCGAUUGGUAAACACCUUGAGAUACGCGGACUUAUUUAACACCUCAUCGAUAGUCUCCACCAUUGAAUUCGAUCGAGAUGACGAAUAUUUCGCUACGGCUGGUGUGACAAAAAAAAUCAAGAUAUUUGAAUAUGCGAAUAUUGAAAGGAAUAACUAUGAGGAUGCCUUCGGAGGACUGGCAUCGGGGAACAUCAGGGACGGUGCUGGUGGAACGCGAAAAAUAAUGGACACUUUCCUGACCUACCCUAUCAGGGAAAUGAAUUGUCGUACUGCCUAUCCUGGAAUCAUUAUAUUAAAUCCCAAGUCGCAAGUGCUGAUUAUGAUGGAAUUGUUUCUUUAUGGGAUGUUAACACUGGAGGUCAAGUCAUCUCAUUCGACGAGCAUGAGAAACGCGCGUGGAGUGUGGACUUUGGAAGAAUGGAUCCUACGAAUCAAGAUUUGGUCAACGAAUCAAAAAAAUUCAGUGUUCACUCUCGAAAGCAACGCCAACCUCUGGGACAUUGACACUCAAACUUGUACUCGAACGUACACUGGUCACAUAAAUGAAAAGAAUUUUGUAGGCCUAAGUACAUCGUCUGAUUGGAUCGGGUGCGGGAGUGAGGACAAUUCGGUCGUUGCCUAUUAUAAAACUCUGAGUAAGCCGGUUGUUAAGUUCAAAUUCGGAAGUAUAAACCCUGUGACGGGCGAGGAAACUGUGGAUGUUGACUCAUCCCUCUUUGUCAGUUCAGUGUGUUGGAAGAAUAAUUCAAACACUUUGUUGGCCGCCAACAGUCAAGGAACAAUUAAAGUGUUGGAAUUAGAAUGA